ACUGCCUCAACGUGUACGCUGGCAAAACAAACGAGAACUGUCAAAGGGAUAACAAGUGUUUCUGCAUAGUCUGAGUUUGAAGAUGGAGAAUUGCAAUGUGUUUAAUAUUGAACAAUUAAUUCAAGCUGCAGAGUAUCUGGAUAGAAGAGAGAGAGAGGCUGAACAUGGUUAUGCUUCUACUGCACCUAUGCCGGAAUAUUUAGCUAGCAAAAAGAAAACAAAACCAAAGAAAUCUCAGGGAAAUCGGUCUACACACAACGAAUUAGAGAAGAAUAGGAGAGCACAUUUGAGAUAUUGUUUGGAGAAGUUAAAAGAUAUUGUGCCCGUUGGUGGUGAUUCCUCAAGACACACAACCUUGGGGUUAUUAACAAAGGCUAAAAGUUUUAUCAGAAUGUUGGAAGACAGAGAAAGGAAAAGUCAUUCAGCCAAAGUGCAAUUGAAAAGGGAACAGCAACAAUUACAGAAGAGAUUAGAGUCCCUAAUGCAGGGCCAGUAUAGGCGACAGGAGCGCAGCAUCAGUGAAUGUAGUGCCACUACCAACUCAACUACCUCCUCAAAUUCUGAAACCGAUGAAGUUGACAUUUUAGGGUAUGGAAGUUCAACAAGUGAUACUGAUGAAAGCUGUGGCAGCGAUGGUUAUGAUUCCAAACGAUUAGUAUUAAAUUCAUCUCCAUAUCCAGAGUCCCUAUGAAAAUAAAUGAGGUCUGCAUGUAUGUCAAGAGACAGAGGGAAGAUUUUUUUUUUCAAUUUACUCUCAGAAAAUAUGUGUUUGUUUGUGUAAAUAUAUGUGUAUGAAUGUAUUACUUGUAGAGGAAAAUUCAACAUUUUUUUUAAAAGAUCUGUUAUACAUAGUGUACAAAGGAUUGGAAUGUGUAUGCUGUUGAAGAAGGGGAUGCAAUUUUUUUCUGGAGUUGAGAAUGAAAAAGUACUAAGUAUAGUCAUAUCUUGUAACUUUUCUCUUGUGAAGCCAAAUAUAUAUAUUUCUGACAUUUAAUUUUUUCCAAUGUUGUACAAAGAGCAGUGGACAAUAUUCUUUAGCCCUUUUCUUCAGCUUAGGUCUAAUCAAGUGUACAUUUAUAAUUCUGAAAUCUAUUUCUGUUUAUUUUGAAAGUGAGUUUUCAAAGCAACACAUGUAGCUUUUACAAACUUAUAACUUUUUAGUACCAUAUUUAACCUGUUUUUGAAGGAAAAUCUAGAGGCAGUAACCAUGAAUUUAAAUAAUUUAUGAAAGUGACACAUAUUACUGCAGUCUGAUUGAAUUGAAAAACUGGGUUAGUUAAUAAUACUCAGUUUGUUUUUUGCAUGUUGAAGGGCAAUUUUUAUUUCCGUACGUCGGUACAGUAUGUGCUUUACUGCAGAAGUCUUGCCACUUUUUUGGAUGGAAAGUACUUUUUAGUUAAGGGGGCAAAAUGUUUUUUAUAUUCUUCUAUGAUCAUCAGGAAUAUUAGCUACGCAAAUUACGAUGUAAAGGCACUAUUCAGAAUAUUUCACUGCUUGAAAUACUGUUAUUUUGAGGGGGUAAGAAAUAUUCUUUACCAAAUUGGCUUUGUUAAAUAUUCAGGGUUAUCUUUUGCUGUUGUGCAAAUAUUGAUCUCAAGAGGAAAAAAAGCUGUCUUAUGUAAAGUUGCUGAAUGAUACGAAGGGUUUAUUUCAAUGCUGGCUCUCAAUGAUAUUACACAUCAGGCCAACAAAGGAAGCUAUCGUCCACCCAAAGUCUUCUGAUGUAACCGGUGUGCCCUGUUUUCAAUAAAAAUGGAACUUCAUAGGAUUAUACAGCAUUUUUUCUCCAAUAUUUUUGUUGAUUUUUACGUGUUUGGUUUACCUGUGCAAUUAGUGUGGGUUUUAUUCCAGAAGUGAAAGUUAUGUAUUAUUUCAAAGAAAGAGUUUAACUGGAUUUUCUGUAAAUACAAUUUUUGCAAAUUCUGUAAAAAUUCCAAAAUUGGGAAGACUUGGAUAUAAAUUUUCCCCAAGGCAGCAUACGAAAGGUUUGCAAAAAAUUUAAAGACAGAGGUCCGGGGUUAUUUUACUGAUAAAAUUAUAAUAUAUUUAUGUAAUUGUAUUGCCUGUCCUAUUUGUAUAUAAAUAAUUUAUUUUUAUCAUGUAAAGUUAACUUAUUAAAAAAAACUUUUUAAACUUUGUAGAAGGGAGCAUUUUCUUCUGCACCUUUUAAAACUUUUUUUUGUGGAAAUGUUGAUCUAUGAGACAGACUUUGUCUUGCCAGAUUUUCUGCAGUGCAAACAGGGCAAGGAGGAAAAUUUAUGUAAAUAGAGGUAGUGACAAGAUAUUUUCUCAUGAAUCAACAUUUUUAUUUAUCCCUGAAAAAGUUUUACAAAGAUUAUAUUAAAUAAAGCUGUUUACUGUGAUAAUGGAGGUGAAAGAUAUUAAUAGAAAAUCCUUUUCUCUGUUCAGUUACUUUAUUGUUUUUUUGUAUACAAGAGUGUGAAUCGACGAAAACCUUUAGAAUUAUAUCCACACACAAUUUUGAGUUAAAUUGAACAGAGUAAGGAAUUUUUGAGGUUGCUACUUACGCAAAAAAGUUUUGUUUUUUUUUUUUAUUCAAUGAUAUCAAAUCAAACUUGUUACUCUGACAGAUAAUUGUCGUAUUAUUGUGCUAUCUUAAUAUGGACAAAUUGGUGCAACAUGACCUGUUAUUUCUCAAGAAGAACAUUGAUCUUCAAAAUAUAAUGCAAAGAAACAGAAUAUAGUACUAUUAGAUGUUACAGAAACAUUAUCAGAAUUUUUUUAACAAAUGAAAUUGAUCCAAGUAACAAGUUUUAAAUUUUUUGUGAAACUCUAAUCUCUUUAAUAUUUUGUUAGACAAUCAGGAACAAAAAGCAGUUAAAGAAAUAAUGCAUGUACAUGUGUAUAUAAUAUAUAUAUUUGUGAACCAAAUCCAGUGAUGACGUGAAGAAAGACGCAGUCAUUUGUGUAUGUUUCCGCCAUGUAUAUCUAUAUAGAGAAUUCCUUGCCAUUCCCGGUUAAAAAAAUUAUGUAAUCUCGAGAUACACAAGUUAUGUUGUGACAAAGCACGUGGAAUUAAACAGAAAAAGAUCGGUGCAAAGUGAACAAGUAUUAGAUUGUGUGAACUUGCUGAGGUUAAAAAAGAAAUAAUUUUGUAUUAACAUGCUGACAUGCAAACAUCAUUUUUACCAACUAGGUCAUUUGAUGGCAAAUCUGUAAACGGACCGGGAUUUAAAAAUCCCAAAGUAUAUUUGGCUGUAUAUGUUGCAUAUUUUGUUUUUUCAUCUAUUGAGGUACCAUGCAUGCAGACUAGGUGAUAAUGUACAGUGGCCAUUUUGAUCUGCCGAGUUGGACAAAGAUUUUAUCACAAAAUCUGUUCAGAUUUUUUUUUUUUUUUUUUAACUUUGUAAAGAGGUAGAUCAAAUGGAGAAAAAAGUCAUUUUUGUGUGACUUCAGGAUUUAUUUACAUAAAAAAGCUGAAAAAAAAAGAAUUGUUAUUAUAUAGUGGAUGGACACUAGGUAUAUAUAUGUAUAUUGUGUGUAUGUGAUAAAUAUGAAUGAUCAAUGUGUAAGUUAGUUCAAACCCAUAGAAAUCAUUGUGUAUACUUGUCAAGUUGUCCAUUAUUGUUUUACCCAGAAAUGGGAAAUAAAAUUUUAUUGAAAUCUAACAA